CUCUGCAGACAUGGCCGCGUGUGCAAGAGCUGCGACUGUCAGUAUCUUUUUAUUCCUGACGAGGGUGCCGCUAGCGACACCUUCCACCACGCCUGCGCCGCGUCUGACGGAAAACGACUGCACUGUGCACACUUUGCCGAUCGAGGUUCUGCAACAGCUGAUGAACAGCGCUGAGGUCAUCCUGAAGAACUCCGACUCAGGAACGGCGGCCCAGCCCGGGACAGGAUCGUCCGACGCUGCUCUAGACGGAUCAGCCACCCACAUCCUCCUGCGCCGAAUGGACAGCGAACUGACGGAGCUGAAGAGAAAACUUCUCAGCUUAGAGGCAGGAAACAGUCCCACCACUUCCCACCAGCAUGAGAUUAACAGUAACGUGGUAAAUCAGGUGCAGCAGCUUCAGGAAGAAACCAAGCAGGUGAAAGAUCAGCUGUCAAAUCAGGUGCAGCAGCUUCAGGAAGAAACCAAGCAGGUGAAAGAUCAGCUGUCAAAUCAGGUGCAGCAGCUUCAGGAAGAAACCAAGCAGGUGAAAGAUCAGCUGUCAAAUCAGGUGCAGCAGCUUCAGGAAGAAACCAAGCAGGUGAAAGAUCAGCUGUCAAAUCAGGUGCAGCAGCUUCAGGAAGAAACCAAAGCAGGUGAAGAUCAGCUGUCAAACAGGUGCAGCAGCUUCAGGAAGAAACCAAGCAGAAAGAUCAGCUGCAAAUCAGGUGCAGCAGCUUCAGGAAGAAACCAAAGAGGUGAAGAACCAGCUGCUGGGUCUGUCUCAGCCAAGGUCUCCCAGGGCCACCCCUCAAAUCCCAGUGGCUACGUCCGGAAGAGGACUGGAAAAACAGAGCGACCUCGAUACCAGGCAAAGGACGCUCGCCUCGUUGACGAAGACUUUGGACGAAGACAUCUCCCGGUUCCCGAUAAGCUUGUGGUCGUGUCUUUUGAUCAACGCCGUCAGUUUGGUACCUCUUCAGGGAGCCUUCCGGUUGCCUGGCGAUACGACGUCGUCUUGCCAAUGCAUAGCGAUGUGUUCUCCUCCCCCUCCUCCUCUUCCUCCUCCUCCUCCUCCUUAUUAGUGACACCUGGGAGGGAGGGUGGCGUUUCCGGUGUGGCCAUGUGUUGUUUUGACGCUGCUCUCAACGCCCGAGUCGCGCCUGCACCUCGACGCUUCCGGCGUCCGGUCACCGGUGUGGCCUUACCCAAUUUAGUCAGCUGGCUUCCGUGA